GUGCGGCCCGGGCCUGGCGGGCAGGGAAGGGCAGGGCAAGGGAGGGCGCAGGAGGCUGGGGAGGGCGCGGGCGGUGGCCCGGCAGCCCCCUCCGUACUAUCAUCCGGGCGGGCCUCUCCGGAGCUGCGCUGCUGCGUGAGAUGAUCACCUCCCCUCUCCUAUUCGUGCUUAAGAACCUGAAGCAAGAUGGACUUGCUGGUGGCAGUAUGGAACAGUGAGGGUUCACACAUGCAUACUUAGUUACCUGAUGCCAGAAGUCCGAAGACAUGUACUCUUGGGCCUUUGGUUCGGUCUAUGUUGCAAUGGACUUUAUUGGCGUUGGUCUCUUCCUUGCUUAGAAUGAGCACUGACCUGAAGCUUAACUAUGUAGACCAGGUUGGCCUCAACCUCACAGAGAUCUCCGUUCAUCAGCCUCCCAGUUGCUGGGAGUAAAGGCACUUCUUGCCAUUCGUGGAAACCUGCCUGUAGUUCAUUUUUCUCACAGCAGUAUUGAGAGUUAUACCAAAUUGAAAAGAUAUGAGUGAAUAUCCUAAAAAGAGAAAAAGGAAGACUUUACACCCUUCUCGAUAUUCAGAUUCUUCUGGAAUAAGCAGAAUUGCAGAUGGAGUCAGUGGAAUUUUUUCUGAUCAUUGUUACAGUGUUUGCUCUAUGAGACAGCCAGACUUAAAAUAUUUUGACAACAAAGAUGAUGAUUCUGAUCCUGAGACAGCAAAUGACUUGCCCAAAUUUACAGAUGGAACCAAGGCCAGAAGCAGGAGUCAGAGCUGCCUGGUUCCCAGCCCUGUGCUUAGGAUUCUAGAGCACACUGUCUUUUCCACAGAAAAGCCUGCUGAUGUUGAAAUUUGUGAUGAAGAGUGUGGCUCCCCUGAGUCAGGGCAUCAGCAUACCCACGAGGAGAGCCCUAUAGAGGUUCACACCUCGGAAGAUGUCCCGAUUGCUGUGGAAGUUCAUGCGAUUUCUGAAGAUUAUGAUAUAGAGGCAGAGAACAAUUCCUCUGAGAGCCUCCUGGACCAGACUGAUGAAGAACCACCAGCUAAACUCUGUAAAAUACUUGACAAGAGCCAAGCUUCAAAUGUGACCGCCCAACAGAAGUGGCCAUUACUGAGAGCCAACAGCAGUGGCCUCUACAAAUGUGAACUUUGUGAAUUCAACAGUAAGUAUUUUUCCGACCUAAAGCAGCAUGUCAUCCUGAAGCACAAGCGCACUGACUCGAAUGUGUGUCGGGUGUGUAAGGAGAGCUUCUCUACCAAUAUGCUUCUUAUUGAGCACGCCAAACUUCAUGAAGAAGAUCCCUACAUCUGUAAGUACUGUGACUAUAAGACAGUGAUCUUUGAGAACCUCAGCCAGCACAUUGCAGACACCCACUUCAGUGACCACCUCUACUGGUGUGAGCAGUGUGAUGUGCAGUUCUCCUCAAGCAGUGAGCUCUACCUGCACUUCCAGGAGCACAGCCGCGAUGAGCAAUACCUGUGCCAGUUCUGUGAGCAUGAGACAGGUGACCCUGAGGACUUGCACAGCCAUGUCGUCAAUGAGCACGCUCGCAGACUGAUCGAGCUGAGUGACAAGUGCGGCAGUGGUGGCCAUGGGCAGUGCAGCCUUUUAAGCAAGAUCACCUUUGACAAAUGCAAAAAUUUCUUCGUGUGUCAAGUAUGUGGCUUUCGGAGCAGACUUCACACAAAUGUCAACAGACACGUGGCUAUCGAGCAUACUAAAAUAUUCCCUCAUGUUUGUGAUGACUGUGGGAAGGGCUUUUCCAGCAUGUUGGAAUAUUGCAAGCAUCUAAAUUCACAUCUGUCUGAAGGGAUUUAUUUAUGCCAGUAUUGUGAAUAUUCAACAGGACAAAUUGAAGAUCUUAAAAUUCAUCUAGAUUUCAAGCAUUCAGCUGACUUGCCUCAUAAAUGUAGUGACUGCUUGAUGAGGUUUGGGAAUGAGAGGGAAUUAAUCAGUCACCUUCCAGUCCACGAGACUACCUGACUGUUAUCUUUACAUAAUGUUUAUGUAAAAUAAAUUCUUUUUUAAUGUUAAAAA